UCUCACUGUCCAUGCCAGGGUUUAUCCCCUCGUCCCUGAUCUCCCUUCAUCCCUCCAAUCCUCAUCUGUUCCUCCUAGGACGACAGGAGAGAGUGACUUACAAAGGGGAGCAUCACGCCGGCUGGGUUGUGUCCCCUACUAUAAAGUGAAUGGAAAGUGCUAAAAAGUCUCAUGACAACAUUCAGAGAGUGACGGCAGCACCAGCGUGAUUAAAAGUCGACGGGAGUCUCCAAACUGUUUUCCUGCCAUCCCCUCCCUGUCUCCGGUGGUGAGAGUGCCUGAACGAGCAUCACCAUGGGUGAAAUGGAGCAACUGCGAAAGGAGGCAGACAACCUCAAAGAUCAGAUCACUGCGGCGCGUAAGGUAAUGCAGGACACCACCCUGCAGGAGGCUGUGGCCAGCAUCAACGUGGUGGGCCGAGUCCAGCUGAAGACCAGGAAAACCCUGAGGGGUCACCUGGCCAAGAUCUAUGCAAUGCACUGGUCCACUGACUCCAAGCUGUGCGUCAGUGCGUCACAAGAUGGCAAACUCAUCGUGUGGGACAGCAUCACGACCAAUAAGGUGAAUGCCAUCCCACUCAAGUCAUCGUGGGUGAUGACUUGCGCAUACGCACCUUCGGGCAACCUUGUGGCCUGUGGAGGUCUGGACAACAUGUGCUCCAUCUACAACCUCAAGGGCAAAGACGGCAACGUCAAGGUCAUGCGCGAGCUGGCGGCACACACAGGUUACCUAUCCUGCUGUCGUUUCAUCAGUGACAGCGAGAUCAUCACCAGCUCUGGAGACUGCACCUGUGUGCUAUGGGACAUCGAGACAGGGACCCAAAAGACCAUCUUCGCAGGCCACCAGGGGGACUGCAUGUCUUUGGCCGUGUCCCCGGACUUCAAGUUCUUCAUCUCGGGAGCGUGCGACUUCACCGCCAAGCUGUGGGACAUCAGAGAGGGUACCUGCAGACAGACCUUUGGGGGCCACGAGAGCGACAUCAACGCUAUCGGGUUCUUCCCCAACGGCAACGCGGUCAUCACAGGCUCCGAUGACGCCACCUGUAAACUGUACGACAUGAGGGCUGACCAGGAGCUCGUCACCUAUCAGGAUUCCGGAAUAAUGUGCGGCGUCACCUCACUGGCGCCCUCCCUGUCCGGACGCCUCAUUCUGGCCGGCUACGACGACUUUAACGUCAACAUAUGGGACUCGCUGAAGGCGGAGAGAGUGGGUGUGCUGGCUGGUCACGACAACAGAGUGAGCUGCAUUGGUGUGUCCACAGACGGCAUGGCGUGCUGCACAGGGUCCUGGGACAGCUUCCUCAAAAUCUGGAACUGAGGCCACUAUCACCUGCUUGUGGGUUGAAAUUGUAAAACUACAUUGGAGGUUUUGGGUCAAGGAGUCUUCUAGUAUGACGUCAUGGGGUGGGGG